GUGUGAAUGAAAAAGGUGCAAUUAACGGGAGUAAUUUCUCACAAGGAACAAAUUCUUAGGGUUUUCUUUCUUUGUAAUCGUCGCCCACAUACAUCCCAGUUUCCACGCGAUUAGAACCCGCCCAAAAUCGAGCAGAGAAUGAGCAUCGGAAGCCUGAAGAGCUUGGUGGCUGAAGCCGCCAUUAGAGGUGUGGCUGAGGCGAGGGCAAGGAUAUUUGGUCACGUACUUAACCCAACAGGAGAGAGAUCUCCACACAAGAUCCUACGCAAGAAGCUCAUUGGUGAGAAAGUCGCGCAAUGGUACCCAUAUGACAUCAACAAAGAUGAUCCCCUUGUGAUGGCCAGAAAAGAACAAGAGCGAUUAUCCAAGCUUGAAAUGUUGAAGCGUCGUGGAAAGGGACCCCCUAAGAAAGGCCAAGGAAAGCGCUCAAAACGUAAAUAGGUCGCCUCUGCAAAUGGCAUGGGAACAGGAUUAUGGGUCAACUUUUUGAAGUGGACUCAUUUGUAGUUGUUGCAGAGUCGGGGUUUAAUGUUUCAGGUUGACAGAAUGACAUCUCGACUUCAUCAUUUAAAUUUUUGUUCCAUUCUCCCAUUCUCUGGAAAAGAAAACACUGAGAAUAGUAGUACUGAACAUGAAUAUUCCUGCUUUCUUACUUUCAUAUGCUAGUAAUAAAACAAAAAGUGGAGACAUUUUGACAA